GUGCAUUUAUCGCUACGACAUAUAAACGACUUUCGACAGCAAAUUUAUCAUCUAUGCAAAAAUUGUUUGCUCAAAAAUUAUCUGAAUUGCAUUCUAAGGAGUCACCAAAUGGCAAAUUCGGAUUUUCAGUGAUGACAACGUGUGGCUCCACAGAACAAGAUAAUACAUGGGAAGAUACCUGGGCAGAAUUCUACAAAGUACGAAGACUAAGACAUAUAUUGGAAAAGUGUUUACAAAAUAAUCCAGGAGAUGAUGAAUUACGCAGGCUUGUCGAGUUUGUUAUUGACAAGGUUGUUGAUCAUUUAAUGAAAGAUAUUGAAGUGAAACCUGUAUUAGUUCAUGGAGAUUUAUGGAGCGGAAAUUGGAGCGUUGAUUCAGAUGCCAAUGAACCCAUCGUUUAUGAUCCUUCGUCUUGUUACGGUCAUAACGAAUAUGAAUUAAGCAUUCUAACUAUGUUUGGAAGUCCUGGAAGAGCUUUCUUUCAAGAGUAUCACAAACAUCAUCCGCGUCAGGAACCUUACUUCGAACAAAGACAAGGUAUGAUUUAUUAUUGA